GGAGAAGGGAGAAGACCGAGAGGACCGGGGGGCUGGUAAGAGAUGCGGCUCCACCACGCAAGGACAUCUCCCCCCUUGGAGCCAAUGAUGUGCAUGUUCGGAGUGAAUGGUUCGCGCGACCGUCGUCUUCAUUGGAGGAUCGAUUAUAGACUCAUGGCUCCCCCUGCAGACCAUUCACCAUUCACCAUUCACCUUCCCGAAAGGCGCGUUUGGAUAGAGAAUCGACCAGUCGGGCGCAUCAAGUGGGCAUGGGCGAUCCCCCGGCAGCAUCGCAUCGCAUCGCGCGAAGCCCUGGCGCCCGAGAAAAGUCGAAACGUGCGGGGCCAGGAGUGGUGCCAGGGCAUCCAGGGGAAUCGAAACGAAGGGUUGUCACUUCGCCGCCUGUCACUGAUGAUUGGAAUCCAUCAGAUGUUUUCUGUUUCACCUGUAACCAUCCGCCACGCAGACGCCUCGGCCGAGUGUGUUCCACUGUUGUCAACUUGUCUCCCUUUCGCUGUACUCUGUAGUGGUAGUAUAGUAGUAGCAUCGUGGUAGUAGUAGUAGCAGUAGCAGUAGUCACACCGUCGUGCAAACCUCCACGAGCGCCGCCAGUCCAUUCGGCCUCCCUUGGACCAGGGAUCCUGAGUCCUAAGCCCUGAGCUCCGAACCCUCCAGGUCUCUCCACAGAAGAAGAUUGGCGGCGACAUCUUCGUGUGCUUGUUGCGCGCGCGAGAACUCUAUCCAU